GAAUCGAGCCCGUUCUAAACAGGAUCAUGGUGGUACCUGCAGAACUAUCACGAUUUGUGCGUUAUUUCUAUUUUUUUUUAUUCUUAUCUCUUAUCACCGUCGUACAUCGCUCCUCUCCGACGACUCCGACAAAUCUCGCAAGCCGAUGAAGCCGCACAUAUGAGCCCCGAGAAUCGGCCACGUAAUCAAAACAAUCUUAUUAUCCUCCUCCAACCUAAGUCGCGUCUAACCUAUGUCGUGAUUCGGCCCGUACGUGGAAUUCGAGUGCGCGCGCGCGCGCGCGCACUUUGACAGUUUGACAGAUCUGACAUUUGACUUCCCGGACCAUACCCGGCCGCCCCUCGUUUCGAUCGCGGGGACAGGACGAUCGGCCGAUUAUCGGACGCGUAUUUAAGGUAAUUUAAUGCCUCCAGUCACGGGGUCACCGGCUAAUCUCGCUUCGCAACGUCGUAACCCAACGUAACCUUAAGCGGGGUGCAGACAGUGCAGGUGCAAGUGCAGUAGAGUGAAAACAACAUAUUGGAUGUUUAUGUUUACGAGUUUAUUGGAAAAUACAACAUUAACAUCUAACAAGAAAAGCAACACCUGCUGCAAAAUUGGUAUCUAUUAACAAUCCCAAUAUAUAUAUAUAUAUUACAGGAAGGUAGUCUGGCAGCAUGAGCAGUAUCUAACAAACCAACUAAACUGCUAAAAAAAGAAGAAGAAGAAGGGUUUAUUAGAAUAUAUACAUCUUUGUGAGGAUAUGGAAUUAGAAGCUUUAUUAAGAAAGUGCACUUUAGCAAAGAAACCGGAUGAAAAUGUACCUCCGGAAGAAAAUGUGUGUGAAAAGAAAGAGGAUGAGUAUUUUCAGAAAAUGUAUCAACAGUGGAAAGGCGUGAAGACGAAAGACAAUGAUCCUACGUACAAAAUUAUACCAAAGUUCUAUUUCAAAUUACCAAAAGAGGAUGAAGUUUUGCCCCAAAAGUUACGCGAGGAGACACGUGCCUUAUUCUUGCAAAGGCGCUCUCGAAAAUUAUUAGAUAAUAAUGAGUUGAAGGCGUUGUGGGUUUUGUUAGAUAAGUAUCAUAGUCCACCAUUGUCAGGAGACGAACAGUUGAUUAAUUAUGAGGACUUUAAGAAAGUGGGCAAACUGGCAGGAACAAAAUGCAGUUCUUAUUUCACCGCAGUUGUUUUCGCUAAACUACAACAAGGAGAUCCGCAUGGUAGAAUUAGCAUCAUGGCACUGUUUAAUUAUGUCAUGAGGAAAGUCUGGUUGCAUCAAACAAGAAUCGGUCUGUCUUUGUAUGAUGUGACAGGACAAGGAUAUCUCAGAGAGUCAGAUCUAGAAAACUAUAUUUUAGAACUGAUACCGACGUUGCCGCAACUCGAAGGCCUUGAAAAGUCCUUUCAUUCAUUUUACGUAUGCACAGCUGUGAGAAAGUUUCUGUUUUUCCUCGAUCCUUUACGAACUGGACGUGUUCGUAUUCAAGACAUUUUGGCAUGUAGCUUUCUGGACGACCUUUUAGAAUUGAGAGAUGAGGAUUUACCAAAAGAUUUGCAGGAAGCAAAUUGGUUUUCUGCGCCAUCUGCACUGAAAGUCUACGGUCAAUAUCUGAAUCUGGAUAGGGACCAUAACGGCAUGUUGAACAAAGAAGAACUUGCUGGGUAUGGUACCGGUACUUUGACUGGUGUUUUUCUCGAAAGAAUAUUUCAAGAGUGUUUAACUUACGAAGGAGAAAUGGACUAUAAAACCUAUCUCGAUUUUGUCUUGGCAUUAGAAAAUAGACACGAGCCUCAGAGUCUUCACUAUUUAUUUAGAAUUCUGGAUAUUAACAAUCGCGGGUACUUGGACACAUUUUGUUUAAACUAUUUCUUCAGAGCUAUACAAGAACAGAUGACAAUGCAUGGUCAAGAACCUGUUAGCUUUGAUGAUGUUAAAGAUGAGAUAUUUGACAUGGUCAAACCAGCAGAUCCGUGUAAAAUUACACUGCAAGAUUUACUAUCUUGUGGGCAAGGUGACACGAUGGUCAGCAUUUUAAUCGAAUUCCAUGGCUUUUGGGCCUACGAAAAUCGCGAAGCCAUGGCAGCUGAUAACGGAGAUGAGUCAUCUCAUGCUUCUAAUAUACUAUCCAAAAAUGUUACAUCUAAGAAUGAUGAACAAAAUAAUAAAGAAAAUGAUGAAUUUGGUACUUGUAAUGUGCGUUCCAAGUUGCAGAGACUUGGAAAACUAUAUUCUGAAGACGAUAAUCUUGGAUCCCCAAUACAUAGAACUGAAGAAAAAUUCAAUGCAGAAGAAAAUGAUACUGAGCAUAAACCAAUUAAAAGAGGUGCUAGACUCGAUAGAUUAGCAGCAUUGGCCUCAACAAUCAACAAUUGGGAGGAUGAUUUAUCUCAUCCAUCAAUAAUUUGUUCAAAGCCUAAACCAGUAAAUAAUAAAGCAGAAAGAAUAGCUGCUAAAUUUAAUGAACAAGUUAAAAGUACAGAACCUCAACCCAGCACAAGCGAAAGUUGCAAAUGGAUUGCUGUCAGCAAUAAGACAAAAAGCAGAGAUGCUAGUCCAGUUAAACAGUUAAAAUGGGAUAAAACUGUAAUAGAAAGCUUGGGAUCUCCAAACACAAUGACAAGUCAUUUAUCACCUACCAAGGCCAGAAACUUUCAGAUGGAAAAGAAGUCUGAUAAAUUUGAUAAUUCACCGAGAAGCAAAAAAACGGAGGACAAUGCUGGUAAUUCGGUUUCUAAUACUCCUGAAAAUAUUGCGAAAGGCGCAAAUAACACUAGCAGUCCUCGAUUACCAUCGAGAACUGGAUUUAAUGGUUCGCCAAAAACUUUGGUUCAACCAUCAGGUUCGGUGUUAAGCAAAGCGUCAAUGUUCGAAGCAAAAAACAUGGAUACAAAGGUGAAGGAUCCUACUCAAAUGUCGGUCGCCGAAAGAAUGGCGUUCUUUGAGCGAAAUAAAGGACAGGCACCGUUAAUACCAAAAGCACCGCUUACGAUGUCGAUACCGCCUAAAAAAUUACAGGAAAGUAAUAAGUGUUACACGCAAUCAGGAUCCAAUACAAGUAAUUCGGUUGUUCAUGAUGCAAAUAAUCGAAAUGCCGACGCUUCGAGCAAAAGUUCCUCAGUUCUUGAACAACGUACAGUGUUUGAACAAGGCGGCAAUAGAAAGGUAGAAGAAAUGGAAAAUAAUAUCUUACAAGCAACUUAUACCGAAAGACAGCGUGAGUUAAAUAUGCUUCGUUCACGUUUUAAUACUAAUAAGGAAAUUGCUCGCGCCGCUGCUGGAUCUUGUGUUCGAACGAGCGAAAGUAGCGAAGGUGGCAAAUCAGCCUCGCCGAAAAAUUCGCCCAUUUGUCCGGUGAAACCGACUCCUGCUCCGGAUCACAUUGCUCCACCUCCACCCCCGCCGUUACCACAGCCUGAAAUCGUAUUAUAUCAUGCUAAAUCUCCGACAAAAAGACAAGUUGUUGGAAGUCCAUCUAAGAUUCAACAUUCCAAUAAAAUGUUUCAACGUGAAUCUGAUGUUAAACGUAUCCGUGUUUGUGUUCCGAAACCAGGAUCCCUUUAUCCUAAUUUAUCUGAACUUGAAGCUACAGAAAGUGAAGACAAUUCAGAAUAUACUGUUGAUAGUACCGAACCUGUGACAGCUACUCUUGAUGAGAUAACUGAAACUGAAACUGAAAGCGAAACUGCUACCGAAGCCGACUAUUACAUUGAGAAUGAUGAAACUGAUCAAGAGACUGAAGAAAGUGACCGAGAAAGUACACAGAAUUCAUCUUUCGGGCGUACGAGUUUAGGACGUACUAUUUUGCAUGAAUUUAACGAACGCUCAAUGUUUAAUAAAAAGAGAUCUAUAGAACCAGAUCCAGAUAGCACUUCAUCAGAUAUUUCAGCACUGGAUGAAAUGGAUCAAUAUUUGGACGAAUGCCUCGACAUGGAAGAUAAUAAUGACGUGAAAGAGGAAGGUCCAACACCACCAAAAAUAAAUAAAGGUGGCAAUACUCUGUCGAGGGCGUCUAAUAGUUUCAAAUAUCGUUCACCUUUAAAAGAUUCUGACAAAUUAGAAGGUGAUGGCAAAGGCGUACCAUUAGUACGUACUGUUAGUGCAUACAGACGACAGCAGUCUCAGUUGACUAAGCCUUAUUCAACUGUAAAGCCAGAAGUAGGAUCAGAUCCGAUUUCUGGUGGAGAGAGAUGCGAAGACGAAUCGAUGCUGGUAGAAAAUAAAGUGAAAAAGCUGUUGGACGAAGUUGUUACACAGAACAAAAAAAUGGAAGAAGCUAGCAAAGCAUUAAACUUAUGCACAGCUAGUAUAGAAUUUAAUGGUUCUAGUGAGCAUGUUGGAGGCGAAUGGGCUCUACUUGUUGCUACUCGUAAACGACAAGCUGCGCUAAAUGAAGUGCAGAGGUUGAAGCGUGAAGGCACGCUAAGACCUGCCAAGGCAGGCUCACCAGAUGUGGGAAGUGGAGCCUUAUCUAUCUCAGCGAUUACAUUAUCGCUGAAACAAGAAUAUAUUCGAAAUAUGGGUCUUGAUACAUAUCUUCACUGUGUCUGCUUGAUGUAUCACUUGGGCGAAAUGGUUGCCACUCAAGCAGCUACUGCUGAACCAGGCGAUUCAUGCAUUCGUUUCACUUCGAUGCUGAAAUUUGACAACUUGUACAGUGACUUUAAAGUUGAUGUUGAAGUAUAUACUUUGCAGACGCAACCAAAAUUUUUGCCACAUGAAAAGAAAUAUCAUAUCAAUCAUCAUAACAUAAAAACGGUAAAUAAGACGCCAAAGAAAAAAAAUCAAUUUGUAAUGCCGGAUAUACAGAGUCCAGCUGGACCAAAUGUAAUCAGAUCGCCUGCAUUUGAAUUGUCUGGGACUGCAACUUUUACCAUCAAGGAUAUAAAUUGCGAACAAUUUGCUCUGCGCGGGGUCUCGUCGCAUUCUCCUCUAGAAGGACUUUUGCGAAUGCGUGUAUCGCGCAAACUUUCGAUAUCGACAGAGCAUCGUGGAUUCUUGACACUCUACGAGGAUAUAUCAAACUUGGGUCACUGGCGUCGAAGAUGGUGUUGGCUUAAUGACGCUAAGCUCUAUUACUGGGUACAUCCCGAGGACGAACAUAAAAAAAGUCCAAAAGGAUAUAUAGACUUGGAAGGUGUAGUCACGAAAAAUGUACAAUUUAUAAAUAGAGAGAAAUGCGCUCGUCCAUAUACAUUUAUGCUCCAGACAUCGAGACCAGCACAACCCGGGGAUGCUGAAAGUCUCAUUAUGAAAACAAAUGGGAUAGAAACCACAAUAGAGCAUUUUCUCUUAGCAGACACAAGAGAAGAAGGUUUAAAAUGGAUGUCUAAAUUAAAUAAAACCCUAAGUUUAAUUAGAGCCUGGGGACUUUAGACAUCUAUUUUACAUCUGUUAAUAUAUCAUUUAUAUAUAUAUAUAUUUGUUAUGAAUAUAUAAUAUCGAAUUAUUUUAAUAUUGCUUGAUUAAUUAGAUGCAAUUUCUAAUCAUAUACAUUAAUAAAACGAAUUAAUUAAACAUUUAAUUAAACUACUUAUACUCAAUUGUUUUUAUUAGUAAUUAAAAUUUAAAGAUAAUAUAUAUAUAUACAAACUUUUACAAAA